GUUCGGUUUAGGCGACAAAGAUAGAGGUAGACGUUGAGCGCUGAGCGCCUACUUUCGUUAGUCGUUAAGCUGGCAGCAGCGACGCCGUAGUCCAGUAAACAAACUGGAUACUAAUAGCUUAUUAUAACACAGAUAUCUAGAAUUAGCGCAAUGUCAUUUGAAAACGAAGCUGAGACUUCUGCAAAGGAUGAGUGCGGGCGGAUUCCGAUAGAUUUGAAUAUGUUUUCAAACAAGUCCCGGGCCAAAGAGUUCCUCGAUCGGACUUUAGACAUUUUUCCGUCACGAGAGAAAAGAAAAGUUUUCAAGAAAGACGUAUCCUCGGAAAGUUUUUUACAUCUUUUUGUUGCUGCCUAUGCCGACGACGACGAAGCCAUCGUAAGACUACUUCAAAGUGGUGCACAAGUCGACGUUUCCUGGCCCAUAGACUCGGGCUCGAAUUUAUCCUCCAAACUGCAAGGAUUGACGCCAUUACACCUGGCCAUCGACUCGGAUUCCGAGAAAGCCGUGCGUGCCUUAAUCGAAGGCGGCGCCAAUAUUUUUAUAGAGAAUCCCAAUCGCGAGCAUGACAGCCCUUUACAAAGGAUGUUUAGAAAACGUAUGUUUCCCGAAUACUUUGUGGAUAAAAUGAGGCUUUCCGGAACGUCGCUAACUGCACUCGAUUCCAGCGGAUUGACUCAAUUGCACAUGGCCUGUAGCAUUUGUCACCUCGAAUGGGCAAAAGAGCUAUUGGAAAUGGGAGCCAAUGUGAACGCUGUUAUGUUACAAUCCACGAAUAAAGAUGACAAGACUUACUCGGAAGCAACACCGUUAAUCGUCGUCUUUCAAUCCGUUGCGCGGAGAGACACUCCUGCGAAUUUGAUGGGAUUGCUGCAACUCUUAAUUCAACAAGGUGCCGAUGUUACUAUUGCUCACAAUGGGAUCACUCCAUUACAUUUGGCUUACCGGCGAUUUCGAUCAGAAUAUCACCAACUAUUGGAUAGCAACAGUCAGCGCUUUAGAAGAUUUAAUGAUGAUUAUUGGUAUUCUAGCAAUCUAAGUAACGAUUUAAUCGAAGAUGCACGAUAUGGUACUGAUUUUCACGUUGGUUCAACAGCAUUACUUUUCUGUAAAAUCGCUGAUUUGCUAUUGACAAGUCAAUCAUCUUACAACUUCAACGCUGCGGAUCCGGAUGGUUUCUCGCAUUUUCAUUAUGCAUGCUUGAGAAACAACGUAGAUAUUGUAUACCAAUUUUUAGAUAACGGCGUUGAUGUAAAUCAAAAGACAUCUAUUUUUAUUAUAAAUGAUGCCGGUUUCUCACCGCUCCACUUUGCUUUCAUUUACCGCGCUGAAGAAGUAAUUAACAUACUGCUUGAAAACGGAGCUAAUGCCAACGACGGGGAUGCCUACGGCAAUACACCACUCCACAUUGCUAUUAUUCACAACUUCCUCAAUUUUAUGUUGUUUGACAAGUUGAUAAGAAAGGGUGCAAAUAUCAAUGCCAAAAACAUAGCACGUGAAACGCCGAUGGAUUGUUUUGUGAAAAAUAAAAAUGUAACUAUAGAAAGGCUUAAAUAUUUUAUUGAUAAAGGAGCUAUAAUUGAUGCCUCAGACGGAGAAUUGAUUACGAAAAUAUUCGACACUGUACUAAAAAAUGUCAUAUUUAAGGACGUCAUGCCAGCAUGUCAAAUACUACUGCAGACUUAUUACGCAGAAGAUGAUAUCCGAACGAAAUUCAAUAUUAUACAUAGCCUUGUAGCUGUUAAGCGUGAGGAUUAUUCGUUGGAUUUUUAUUUGAUUGCUAUCAGUGAUUUUUUAGAGGUGGGCUAUGAACUUGAUUGGCAAGACGCAUAUGGUCAAACUGCCCUUCAUAGAGCUUGCUCUGAAUGUGUCGAUGCAGCGGUUGAAGCUCUGCUAAUGCUUGGAGCUGAUAUCAAUGUUAUUGACAAAAAAGGGCAGCCAGUAUUCACUUUAAAAAUGGCCUGUACGAGUAAAAAAGACUGCCAGAAUGUCGUCGCGAUUCUCUUAAGACAUGCUUGGAAAAUGAAACAAAUUCCACUCAAUGUCUUAAAUCCCAUUAUACAAUUAAAACAAUAUAGGCGCCUCAGUAGAAGCUUUGUACGUGAUUGUAACCACGAAUUGAUAAUAAUAAAAUACUCGACAAUUGGUCACGUAGUGCCGGUAAGAAAUAUGUUGUCAGAUUAUGGAGCCGAGUAUUUAGCGAUGCCAGUUGCACAUCGCAAACUAAUAGACAAUUAUUUAAUCGAUAUUCAUUAUUUACGUAAUGAAUUUCCGAUAUUCUGUGGUAUACUAAUGAUGCAGUACAGAAGAGCUCGUGAUCGAGCUAGAUUGAUUAAAUUGGCAAAACACGUCAUCACCUCAGAGUGUAAAAUCAGCCUACCAGAUUUUUGUCUAGAAACUAUUUUCAAAUAUUUCAAAUAUAAUGAUUUAAAAAUCUUAACUGAUCCUGACAAUUCUAAUAGACUUGAUAAACUUCUAACAUCGUCAGAUGAUUCGGAAAACGUGCGCUCCAAUGACGUAUAUAGACGUUUAACAUCUAUGCUCACUGGAAAUAACGAAGACUUUGACAAUGACUACAAUGAAGAUGAAGUAGAAGAUUUGAGCAAUUACGACGAUGAAGAUGACUGGAAUAGUGAAUACAUCCGCGACAAAGAUGGAUGGAUCAGUGAUUCCGAUGAUGACGAUGACGACGAACAUAUUAUUAAUGUCGACAAAUGACAGUAGAAUUUUGUAAUAUUAAACAAAUAAACACUGGUAAAGGAUAAAUAUAAGAUUUGUAAAUAAGCUUUCUUUUGUGAACUAUUUCUUUGAUUAGUUUUUUGAUUAUUAUCCUUGCGCCGUAACAUAAUACUCCUGAAACUUGAGAAAGAAUUGUUUAGCAAUUAAUAAAUGGAUAUAUAGGCAAUCAAAUAUAUUAUUUCAAGUUUCUUAUUUAAAUUGUUAAUAUUUUUGUUAUUAUUGUAACUUCAAGAAUUACGUCCAUUCACAUAUAGACCCAUCUCCCUCACCUCAUUUUUUUGAAAUGGUACAGAAGGAAAACAGUUUUAUACGCAUCAUCACUGGACUUACUUAAUACCUUAAUUAAUGCAGCUGUCACUUAUUUUUAUGUUUAUAACAAAAACAAAUUGCUAGCAUGUAUCAUAAUGAAACUGAUAUUUAGAAGGCAUCGUUGGAUUUUUCAUUUUUUG